AUCACGGUCAAAUAAAAGUAAAAAUAAGGUUAUAUUUCCAAAUUUUCUACAAUAUUUUGUUUUUUAAUUUUCGGGCAUAAAAUGCAUAUUACCUUACAUUUACAUUAAUGCCAUCCCCUCUUUGUGAACACACACACACACAUACUUUUAGUUAGUUAGUUUAAUAGAUUUAUCACAAUCAAAAUGAAUAAAUUUUUAUGUAUAUUUAUCUCAGUUUCUAGUAUAACUUUGCCGAUAUUAUUGACCUAUGUUGUUAAAAGAAGAUAUAGAAGAAAAAUACAACUUUUACUUGAAAAAGACAAUAAUUGUUACUACCAAUUGUUGGCCGUAGAUAUGAGGAAUUUUAACUGUAGGCAACACUUAUAUGACACCAAAGUAGAAUGUGGUGAACAGUGUUCCUUAGCAUACUAUAGAACUAUACAGAACUUUAUAUCCAGUGCAAAAUCUAGUAUCUGCCUCUGCGUGCUAAUGUUAACAUUGUCUUCUGUGGUAAGACAAUUAGUAGAUGCCAAAAAAAGGGGGAUGACUGUUAGGAUAAUUAUAGAUAAAGUUAUGUUAGAUACUAAAGUAGUAAAAUCCAACUUUACAUACAUGGCACAGCAAGGUAUCCCAUUCAAAUUUCAGCCACUCGAAUCUAGUAAGAUGCAUCAUAAGUUUUGUCUAAUAGACAAGGAUGAAGGAGAUGGAGCUAAAAUGUUUUUUGGUAGUCUGAACCUGACUUCCCAAGGAUUUUGUAAAAAUUUUGACAAUACGAUUUUAACUAAUAACAAAGAAAUAAUCAGCAGGUUUAGUGAAGAGUUUGAAGAGUUAUGGGAACUAUUUUAAAUAAAUUUUAAUUCGAUGCUUAGAAAUACAAUUAUAGCACGAUCAGGGAACACAAAAUUUUACGAAAACCUCCAAAAAAAUAAAGGAAGGAUGAAAAUUUGGGAAUAGGUAGUUGAAAUUGUCUAUUAUUAUAUAAGAAAAAGUUUACAAUUCUACAACCUCUCCAUUUUACAAAAAUUGGGAAAUACGAGGUGAAAAAUAUUUUCUCGGGAGUGAAAAAAUACACGUUCAAAAUAGGCCCGGAAUUGGAUAAAAUGACUAAUUCUAAGCAACUUUUGUUCUAUAUAGUUUUUUCACUAAGUCAAUACUUUUCGAGUUAUUUGCGAGUGAAUAUGUUCAUUUUUAACAAAAAAAAAACAGGUUUUUGGAUGGUUUUUCGCAGAUAACUCAAAAAGUAAGUAUUCUAGCGAAAGAAAUAUUCUUAGUAAAAAUAUAGCUUAUAAAAAAAAUGAAAAAAAUGGUAUACGCGUGAGGUCUGCAGACCCAGUAGAAGCAGAGUUGUAGCUAAUGAAAAGUAGGUUCUUCUUCGUCAAAUUCCAAAUCGAAUAUUUCAAUGUGAAAUAACCAAAAAACAGAGCACUUUUCGGGGAAAAUUCAUUAUAACUUUUUUAAAGUGUUUAAAAAAGGUUUAUUUCUGUUUUUUUUUAAACUUCCAACAUUAAAAAUAAGUGAUUUACGCUCAAAAUAUUGUUGGUCCAUUUUAUUUUUUGGUACAAAAAUCUCGAAAAUCACCCCCUAAUUAGCUUCCCAAAUAAAAUUAAUCGUUACCGCUUCAUAAGUUACUUUACUUAUGUAUUGUUUAUAUUAUCUAUAAAUUUCAUUGGUUCAAAGUGCUCAUUUUUGAAAAAAAAUGGGUUUAAAAUAAAACAUUUUUUUAUUUUGAAUAAAAAUGGAAUUGUUCAUGGAAUUAACUUAAAAAUUAUUAGUAUGUAAUACCAAAAAUCUUAAUUAGUAAUAAAAUGUACGUUUUACUUUCCUGAAUAUUUUUUCUUUUUUGUUUUCUUGUUAGACAAAAAUUGGUUAUGCUGUGGCUGUUCAAAAUUUGCCUAAACUCGUGAUUAGUUACUCUUUCAAGCCAUUUUAACUACAGCUUUUUCAAAAAUAAGCACUUUGAACCGAUGAAACUUACAGAUCAUAUAAAUAAUACAUAGGCAAAGUAACUUGUGAAAUGGUAAUGAUAAAAUUUAUUUGUGGUGCUAAUUAGGGGGUGAUUUUCGCGAUUUUUUUACCAAAAAAUAAAAGUGGCCAACAAUAUUUUGAGCGUAACACACUUACUUUUAAUGUUACAAGUUUUUUUAAAAACAAAGAUAAACCUUUUUUUAAACACUUUAAAAAAGUUGAAAUGAAUUUUCCCCUAAAAGUGCUCCGUUUUUAGGUUAUUUCACAUUGAAAUAUUCGAUUUGGAAUUUGAUGAAGAAGAACCUACUUUACAUUAUCUUCAACUCUGCUUCUACUGGCUCUACAGACCUCAAGCAUACACCAUUUUUUUCAGUUUUUUAUAAGCUAUAUUUUUGCUAAGAAUAUUUUUUCUCUGAAAUACUUUUUGAGUUAUCUCCGAAAAACCGUCCAAAAACAUGUUUUUUUUUUCUGUUAAAAAUGAACAUUAUUCACUUGCAAAUAACUCGAAAAGUAUUGAUUUAGGGAAAAACUCUAUAGAACAAAAGUUGCUUAGAAUUAGUCAUUUUAUCCAAUUCGGGACUUAUUUUGAAUGUAUAUUUUUCACCUUCGAGAAGGGGACAUUCGUCUCCAUUUUUGAAAAAUGGAGGGGAUGUAGAAUUGUAAACUUUUUCUUAUAUAAUAAUAGACAAUUUCAACUACCUAUUCCCAAAUUUUCAUCCUUCCUUUAUUUUUUUUUGGGGUCAGAUUGUUCUUUGAUCGGGCUAUUAACCAGUGCUACUAUAGUAUGCGGUUUACCGUCGUGUUUCUACUAUCGUAUGAUAUCAUAAAGCCGCCAAAAAGCUGUACAAAGUGAAUAAAACAAAUCAUAGGAAAUAUUGCUUUAAUUUUACAAAUUAAUACUUAAUAAUUUAAUUUGUCACAUCAAUUUGCUAUUUUAGUUGGGAAUAAGCAAAUUUUGUGGCUUAUUCCCAACUAAAAUAAUAAAAUGAUAAUUCUUCUGACUUGUGUGUUUUAUUCACUUUGUAAAGGUUGUUUUUGUCGGUACUGUAUACAUGUACAGCUAAUCACCAUAAUCUUUUCUCAGAAAGGUUUCCACACAAUAAUGAAAGGCACCUUUGUAGGCGAAAGGUUUAUUGCUAAGUACUAAUAAACAUUUAUACUACUACUAUUUAGGAAUAUACAAUAAACUUCAGGUAGAUCGCACCUUCAAGGUAGACGGCAUACUAUAGAAAAACGUCAGUCUACCAAAAAAAUUAUGUGCAUUACUUUCCAUUCGAGUCCGUUGUUAUUACUUAUCUACCAUGGGUUGAUUAAACCAAUAAAUAAAUUUUUUUUUGCCAAAUAAAUUUAUAUAAAGCAUUUAAUAUAAAAUAAAAUAUAUUUACUUCUAAAAACAACUACUAUGUGGAAAAUAAUUAACUGUAAUUAUAGAAUAUUUAUAGUUUAUUGGAAAUUAAAGAAAUUAUGGAUUUAUUUUGAACUGCAUAUUAUUAUUUUUCACAUUAAGUACAAAUAAGAAGAAAGUGUUCCUCACAAAUAAAAUCCCAAUUUACAUAUUUUUAUCUAUUUUUAUUCUCCUUUUUAGAUGUACAAAAAAUAUUACAUCUGUCUUUGAUAUUUCAGGUGGCUCAUAUUUCAGGUUGAAGUGUUCAUUCAAGCAGUCAUUUCAUUUUCAUCUUUAUAACCAACCAAUUGCUUUCCAAAUUAAAUAUCAAAAUUUUCAAGGCAAAUGCAUCCAAGGCACGUAUUAUGUCGAUUAUGUUGUGUAAAAAACAAUUAUAGACCACUGUUCUGUCAUGCAUUUUACGCUCUAUAUUCUUACCAUUUUAUUAUAGUCCAAAAUUAUUACCUUUUUUUUUGACAAUAACAAACUAUAAUUUAUAAAAGCAGUUCCAACAGUUUUCUAUAUCCUCUUUUGACAUUUUAUCUUAGUGUCUUUCUCUAGUAAUGUAUAUUUUAAAUGAAAAAUAUUACAUUAUUUUAUAGUAUUUAUAGCAAUAACUUACUUUAAUUAAUUUUUUCUUAUGAAAAACCAUUCUAUAUAUUCCAUUGAAUAAGCACCAGAUUUUUGAAAGAGGAACCAAAGAUUUUUCCUUGUUAACUGUAAUAGUAAAAAUUUGAAUAAUCUAACUGUAUAUAAUGUCCAAACAACUCAUACAUUUUUGCUUGAUAUGUUGAGAGCAUAAAAAUUAUUUAGUUCAAAAUAUUUUUUAUGUUGCUUUUAAUACAAAUUCUAUUAGGAGUUUAUUUUUUCAAAUGUUUGUUGAAUAAAAAUGUAUACCACGCUGCAGACGGGGGUUGUGAAUUGCAUAGUGUAGAAUUCCUUCCCUUUAGUCUUCACUGCACCAUCCAUUUGGCUUGCAUAUUGUAGAAGCCUUGGAGGUUGUCACCAGGAAAUGGGCCAAUAAAGUUUUUCAAUUAAAAAUCUUUUAAGAAUAUUUAAUUUACAAAUAUUUUUAUUAGGUUGAAAAACUUAGUCUUUUAAACUUAGUCUUUCGUUUGUUGAAUACUUUAGGUAGUGAUAUUAAAAAGACUUUUAAAUCUUCCUGAUAUUUUAAUAAAUCUACUUGUUCUUUU